GAAAUCCAGUCAGUGCCACUUCUUGUAGCUAACGCUUUGCUAUAUUCUUCAUCUUCUUCACUGUUCAUCCUCCUCUUUAUCGCUACAAAGUUGCUUUCCAAGAAUUCAUAGAUAUAGAAAUUGCCGGAAUGGGUGGAGGAGCGGCUGCCUUACAGAAAGAUGUUCCUUGGAGAGCUGCUUCUGGUGCAAAACCCAUCCCUAAAAUUCAUUAUUCUCCUAUUCUUCGUAUACCUCAAAAUCCUCAUUCCGAUUAUGCUCUCUCCAUCAUGAAGCAUCCAGAUCCAAUUGGAAGCGGAUUGGGGAAGGAGGCAAUAGUAGAAGCAGCAGGGCCUGAUUGUAUUGUUCCUGGAAAGAAUCCACCUAUCAAACUUCUGGGGUUUAAGGUAUGGCCCAUUGAAGUCGACUUGAAAUUUAUGGAACCUGUUGGACGAGAACUGAAGUCAGUUGGGAAGUUCAUGGACUCUGCAGUCGAUCUUAUGAACAAAUCUUUCAUUGAUCGCUAGUACUUUCCGUUGGAGUGGCUGAAGUGCACCAGUUAUAUCAACUACUUUGAGGCUUGUCAAAAACUAAUGAAGUUGGUUAUAGAGAUCAUCAGUUCUGUUAAUCCUACUACAAAUGUUAUUUAUUUAAGGAGGUCCCAUUUGUAUUAUCAAAAAAAAACUUGCAAACUAGUGUACAUUCGACAUGUACAUGGAAUUGUGGCUUUUUGAAAAAGUUAAUUACAUCUUAAAGUUACAUAACUUGGAGAUUUUGUGGCAA